UCUCUCUUUUUUUUUUUUUUCUUUUUGUCUUUGUCACUUUUAUUGGUACUGAGGAUCGAACUCACGACCGCCUGCUUGCGAGGCAGGGGCUUAUGCUGCUGAGCUAAAUCCCCAACCCUGAACUUUUUCUCUUUUAGCCUCAUUUCUAUUAUGUGUUUUUAAAGAUAACAUCAUCUUUCACAUUCUUGGCUUUCUUUAAGUCUGUAUGUUUCUUAUUUAUAGUUUUCUUCUAUUUCUUUUUGUGGCUUAAUCCGGGUGAAAAUUUGACAUUGUGACUAUGUAAGUAUAAGUUAUUUAAAUAUUCAGUAGCUCUAAGAGUUUAUCUUUUUGGUAUAAAAGAAAAUAAAAGUAUAAAAUCACACUUACUAUUAUGAAAAAACAGCACUUAGAUAAAUUAAUAAGUCAAAGUUAACUUCACACAUUAUUGUGUCCAAUUUUUUUCCAAAGGGGAAAUGUUGUUAGUAACAAAAUAGUUUAGAAUUUAGUCAUAUUUUAAUUUUUAUCUGUGAGUUGAAGUAGAGGUUUGGGUUUGAAGUAAGACAAGAUUCCAAUAUUGGUUUUUUUCUACUUAUUAGUUCUGUACAUUACUCUUUAAGCCUCUAUCUUCUCCUGUAAAAUGAUAUGACCGUAAUUAUCUUUUAGAGUUGAAGGAAUGAAGAUGAUUUAUAAUUUUAAAUCACUAAGCACAGUUCUCAUAUAAAAAUGUGAGCAUGUGUUUGUCAUUACUGUUCUAAUAUAUAUACACAAAAUACUUUUAAGGCAGAAGCAAAUGGAAAAGAUGAAUCCAUUUGCUGAAAAAAAAUAAGUGUGUUUUUGAUUAUGCUUAGCAAAAAAAUGAUAUAGUACAUAGUUUUCAAUGAGAAAUAAUGCAAACGGAAAACUGUCAUUUCCUGUAUUAAAAGUAUUUUUCCCAUACUUUUUGUCAUCCAUUUCAUUUUCUCCAAUUCACUUUUAAAAUUAAUAUUCUAGGAUCUUUCAAAACUGAUUUUUUCUAAUUAAACGAAAGUAAUGAUCACUUUUUUAAAAAUUUAAAAAUCAUGUUUCAAAGCUAAAUAAUGUAGAAAAUAAAAAGAUUUGUACCCCUGUACUUCAGAGAUAACACUUAACAUUUAGUGUGAAGAAGACAAAAAAAAAAAAGGUAAUUUGAGGGAAAAAAAGAGCUCUAAAGAAUACAACAGCAUGUGUGUUUAGGGGUGUUAAAUAGCUGACCAUAUUAAUGUUUUUGGUUGGAUCAUUGAACACAACUGUUUGCAGUCUCACUGUUUGAAUGUCCACUUUGUAUGCUUUGAUACUGUGAUUUGAGCAAUUAUCUCUAAGAUAAUAAUAUGUAAUCUAUUAACUGGUGAUUUCUUACUGUUUUUUUUUUUUUUUUUUUUUGUAGUUCUGUAUUACUUAUACCCUUACACCACUUUGUUUUGUUUUGUGUUUUUCUCUUUUUCCUUUUAAAUAAAAUUUUUUUAAAAAAAGGUAAUUUUUCUUCUUACCAAAUACUUACAUAUCCUUAUUGGAAUAUAUUUAUGAGCUAUCAGUAUAUUUAUUUAAAGGUAGAAGCAAAAAGAAACUGAGUAGGACGUUUAGGGUGAAUAAUGGUGAAUAAAAUUUUAUCAAUUUAAAAUUAAAUCUGAGGGGCCAGAGAUAAGGCUCAGCAGCAUAAGUGCCUGCCUAGCAAGUACGAAGUCUUUAGUUCAAUUCCUAGUACCAAAAAUCAAUUAGUCAGUCAGUCAGUCUGAGUCAGUUUCCACACAAAUGUGCACACCUAAUAGAGUAGUAUACCUGAUUCUGAUUAGUAAAUAAUCACUAUUUGAGGAUUUUUAAACAUAAAGGGGGACGAAUCAUUAAAAUAGAUCAUAGUUUAUAUUUCAAACAUCGAUAAAACACCAUUUUUUCUCAAACACCAAAUUUUUAAAUUACUUAACUGACCAACAGUAGGUAAUCAGUUAAUCACAGAAUAUUUAUACCACAGAGAUCUUUAUAACCAUUACUUUUUUUGUUUGUUUCCUGAAACAGGGUCUCCUUAUGUAGUACAGGCUGGCCUUGAACCCAUGGAGAUCUUUCUGCCUUAGGGUUUCAAGGGCUGGGAUCAGAGUUGUGUGCCACUAUGCCUGGCUACAACCAUUAAUUUAUUAGUAAUAUUGGACAGGCAGAAACAUAUAAGAUAGACUGUUAAAUCAAAAUAGUAAACAGCACUGUCAUAUCAUUUAUCUUUAUUACAGAAGACAUGAAUGCUAUUCCUAAAAAUGUUGUUAGUAAUAUUUUUAAAAUUUAGAAGAUAACACACUAAAUGUUUUUAUUUUUGUUUUGCCUUUUUGAGACAGGGUCUCUAUAUGCAGUUCAGGCUGGCCUUGAGCUCACUUUGUAGCCCAGAUUGAUCUCAAACUCACAAUGAUCCUCUUUUCUAGGCCUCUCAAGUGUUGGGAGUGCAAGCAUGCACACCAUGCCCAUCUCAACUCUUUUUAAUAAUAAAAAUAAAGAACCUUAAUUCUUUUCUCAAAUGGAUUGUAUAUAGGUUAAAAACAGUAUCUGCCACAAUUCAGGAAAAAAUUUUAAAAUAUACAAACAUUUUUAAAUCACUGUAAUUUUUCAUGUCAGACCACAGCAGUUUACAUUUCAAGAUUCAGGUAAUUCUGUAGAUUCAUCAGCUUCUGAUGGUGACCCCAUGAGACAGAAAUUCUCUAUAAAAGCACACUCUUGGUUACCCUACCUCAUUAUUUCUGAUGGAUACAUGAUCACAACCCUACGAUUUCAUGAUAACCUGUCUCCAUCAGUGCUCAUGCGAUCCCUUCUACUCGAUUCGACCCAGAGGCUUGAGAAAUCCUACCAAAGUGUGAUACUAUCUAAGCCAAAAGAUAAAGGGCUGAACUUAAGAUCACUGGAUUCCCUCAGGUGUAGCCUGUUAAAACAUGGAGAAAAUGGAUGUUCAGUGGAUUCUACUUUCCCCAGAUUUUUACAGGCAGAAGAAACAAUGAAGUUAAAUGAAGAAACAGCAGAUUUUCAGAAUUUUGAAGCAGAAGAAACUAAUGAAGGAAAACACUUUCCAAACAAUUUAUUUCCUUUUGGGAAAGGAAAAAAUGAUUCAUUGUUUACCAGUGUCAAGGAAGGAAGAUUGGAAUUUGCAACUAUGUUUGAUACAAUGCAUGCAAAGGAUGAAACCAACAAAACAGAUAGAACCUUUACAGAACUGUGUUCUAUCCAGAAAAAUCUGCUUGCAGCAUGGAAUAUAGGAAUUUCAAAAAAUGUCACAGAAAAAAAUUUAAUGUUAAAUUAUACAGUAGUUUGUAUCACUCAUUUUUUUUAUAUUCUUCAAUUUAUAAAAUGUCCUUCCUUCAAACCGGACCACUUUUUAAGGGAAUGCCCAAAAUAUAAUGCAUGGAUACUUUGUAUCUUUCAACUUUUCCGUAAGUGUUUAUCGAUCCAGUAUUGGGAUGUGAGAUAUAAACAAAAUGUGGGACAUUUGAUAAGACUGACCUCAAAUACUAUAAAGCUUUUGUUGACUCAGCAGCAAAAGGGCCAAUUAUUCUCAGAGAAACUUUUGGCCUGUUUUUAUUUACUCAGGAUGGUAGCUAAUAAUUUAAAUGGCAUGUACAGUCUUCAAUCAGAACUUAUUUCAUCAUCAGCUGGUGGAGGUAGAACAGCAGAACAUGACUUGUUGGUAUUACCUAUUUUUCAAAUGUUUCAAGCCUAUGAUUCUGAGGAAAACUGGUCUUGGAACUCAUCUUUCAAGAUUGAUCCUCAAGAAACAAAUCUGGUUCAACAGCCAGGUCACAGAUUGAUUGGCCUCUGGAGAAUACUAUACAGAAAAACUUUAUGGUAUCAAGCACAAUUAAGUCGAAGAAUUCCUGAGGAUGAUAGACAGUUAACUGAAAAGAUGACACAUGAAGCAGCUACUGUUAAAUCCCUGUUAUGUCAUAUGCAGGCUGACUUACAGAUUGCUGGAGAUCACUUGAACCAGCCCUUAGAACUUAGAUCUUUUGAUGGUGAAGAGAGUUUUCUGUUAGGAUCAUAUGAAAAGGCUGUUCAGCUGUGGAAGAAGGCACUUGAAGAAACGCAAGAGAAAGGAGGAAGAAGAACUUAUUUUCUUCAGAUACGCUAUUAUCUUUCUCUCUUGUACUGCCAUCUCUAUAAUUAUAAUUUAAAUGACGCUCAAGGAUUAUGUGAUCAACUGGUAAGAGAAAUACUGAGAUGGUCCCAAUUGCCUGUAAAAGAAAAUGAAGAUUAUUUCGAUGCUGAGAAGUCUCCUGGUGCAUCUGCAGGGACUAGAAAUGUCCAUCCUGAGGCAGCAGUCAGAGUUGUCCAGUCCAUGGCUCGUUUCAUGGCCGCCUAUUUCACCAAUCAGCUGCUUUGUGUUUUGCCACCUCACAAUGUCAAUGUUCUUCCUCCACUUCAUGUGAAAACAGAGCAAUCCCUUCGCCUUAUUCCUCUGCAACACUCUAAGGUGACCAGUGUUGUAAGAGAUCAGAAUCUCUCUAAUAUAUGGACAGCUGAAUAUGCCCUUGAAUUAUUAUUUAUUGGUGGCCUAGUUCCAGAGGCUGUGUGGUUGGCCCAUAAACUUGGGGACUGGAAGACAUCUGUUUCAAUUGGUGUGGCCUUUCAGUUGUUCUGUAAGCAUGACAGCAAUUCCGUGAGGUCCAAGAAAAGGAGUCUGAAUCUGCCAUUAAAUAUGACUCCAAUACAGAUUUUCCAGGAAAAACUGCAGUGUUUUUUAGGUCAGCCAGCCUCAUUGGAAGCAAAAAAUGAAAUGGGCUCAAAAUAUAAAAAAUUUACAGAUCCUAUUGAAGAAGAAGAUAUAGAUCUGCUGUUUAGUUCAGUGCAGGAAGUCCUGAAGGCAUCAGCUAUGACUGACGCAGAUAUUCUCUCAGAGACUCUUCAGCUUCUGGUGGACUCUGCUAAGGACGUCAGUAAGAGUCUGUGGGGCUUAGUGCCCAUCCGCUUGUAUCUUCCAGCUCCUCCAUUGUACUGUCCCCAGCCAGCUGUUCUUAGUGAAGAAGAUGAAGAUGAUCUCCUUUUAAGAGCUGAAAAAGAGAAUCGUCAAAAGGUGUCUGGAAUCCUUCAACGUAUUCUCUUACUUUUCCGGGCAGCUCGGUGUUCUUUUCCUGUAGCACAGUGGUACAUCUUGCAGCUGAGGUGGGCAAGAAAAGUCAUGCAGAAGAUUCGAAUGAAAGGGUCCCUUCCUUUGCUGAAUCCUUUCCCCCAGUCCUUACUUAAUUACUGUAAAGGAGGUGUAGCAUUCUUUAGACCUGGAGCAGCUGGAGAGCACAAAGUUGAUGAAGUUUCUGUUGGAGCAAUAGGCUGCUUCAGAGAACUCUGUGCCUUGUGCUGGGUGCUGCAUAUCCGGGAUAAUUUAUCCUACAGUUGUAGGCAGUAUCAGAAAGCAAGAGAAAAUAUGAGGAGGGAAAAGGACCUUGAAGUGGAGUUCGAUUCUUGUGUAGUUGAGCACUGUCUUAGUGCUGUGGAAUGGGCUUAUCGAAUGCUACCUUUCUCUCGGUUUUUUAAUACUGAAGAACUUAUUCAGGAUAUAAUUUUGAGCCUUAUCGGAGAACUGCCACCAGUCAGAAAGGUAGCAGAAAUUUUCGUGAAAGCGUUUCCCAAUCCAGAGGAUGUAAGAGUUCCUUUAAGAGAAAAAUACCACUCUCUUCAGCAGAGACUCAGACACUGUGUUAUGAAAGGUCCCCAGAAUGAGGAAAUGAUGUCUGUUGUCGUGCAUUCUAUCCAUAAAGUGAGGGUGAAAGCCCUAAAAAGGGUGCAGAGAAAUAUUGGUUCUUUUGAGAUGAAUAUUUGGGAACCAGUUGAAGAAGAGAAAACAGAUGAGGUUCCAGGUUUCGACAGGUUUUCCCUAGGAACUAGCAUGAGCAGAAGCACCCUCACAGAACUGGGCAAUUCUGUGGUACACAGUGAUGCAGACACCUUCUCUGAAGUAUUGUCAGUUGAAGAAAAAAACAAGCUACCUUUCUACCACAGGAAUACUCCAAGUCAUUUAGAAUUAUCGUUAGUUGAUCAGCCCCGUAAUAGAAAAAAAAUUUCUAAUCAGAAAGAAAAUCCUAUAAGGAAAGAAGAUCACAAAAAGUUACCACAAAAUAUACUUCCUGUAAUAGGUACUUGGGAAUUUGAGCGAGAUGAUGAUGAAUAUAUUAAAUUCCUUGAUCUCUUUUUGAGUUAUGUUCUUGAAAGAGACCUACUCAGUUCCGGAGAUCCUGGCAUUCCAUUUCUAACUAGUUUUUCUGGACAGCUUAGGGAACAUGAACUUAAUUCUUUACUUUUUGAUGUGCAUACAACAUUAAAACGACGUCAGGGCAAAACCAAAAACCAGAAUGUGUUUAGAGCUGGCUCCUGCUUUGUUGCUGUUCCUGAGUCAUAUGAAUCUGAAAAAUCAUCUGCUUUAAAUGGCAAACAUGCCAUAAGUUUAGACAACCAGAUUCUUUCAGCAUCGGAACUAGUUAAUGAAGGGAUUACACCAGUUUUAGAGAAUUCAUCAAAUGAAGUCAAUGAAAGUAAAGAAAAGGGAUUGUUUGGUUUAAAACAAAAAUCAAUUUACAGAAUUCAAGAUGGUAAUCAAGAGAAAUCUCUAAUCCAGGAGUCAUCAGACCAUAGAUUUUGGACUUCAAAGUCCAUUAAAACUAGAAAAUACCAUUUCAGAGCUAUUCAGUGCAGUGAUAUUAACCCGCGGGAGGAUCUUCCCAUGGUGCUAAAGGACACCUAUGGCAAUAUAAGAAGACUGCUGGAGUGGAUGGUAAGAUGGUCUGAUCGAAGACUGCUCUGUGAUUCUGGAAUCACUCAGUCUUCCUCGAAGUACAGUCCAGUUAUUCGUGUAAAAACCUCUACAGCUGCCAUUCUUACCUCGUUGUGGCUUUUGGAACAACCUUAUUUUGCUACAUAUAAAGCAGAAAAUAAGGUGCUAGGGAAUCAGUGUAUUGUGUCUCAGAUCAAACCCAGUAUCCAGAGGGAGAGCAUAACCGAUGCUGGCUGUUCAGCUGCAGGGGGAACUCAAGGUGGAACUGCGGAAAGUAAUGACUCAAAUGAAUUUAGCCAGAGUGUCUUCAAAAUGUCAACUGAAGCAGAAAACCCUGAAAUAAAAGAAAUCAGUGAUGAGGUUAUUUUCGACACUCAUAAUAUUGAAGAAGAAUUUAUAGACACCAGUGGGAAUCUUUUACAAAUAGAAAUGUUUACGCAGGAGGGAAUGGAUAUGCACAUAGCAGACUGUGAAGAAAAACCUGUCAGAAGUCCCAAAAGUCCCAAUGUUGCCAUUUACAUGCAGACUUUACCACAGCAGUUAGAAAAACAAUCCACAGAAGAGGUUCAGUGUCCAAGGAAAGAACCCCUGGAGACAAAUGUGGAGGAAAAGUCUGAACAGGAAAAUAUGAUCGAAGCUUGUUCAAAUCCUGAACAUACCAUUCCUCUUUCAUUUUGUAUAGAUACAAGUUCAGAAAUUUCUAGUGCACAAAUUUCUACAUCAAAUGAUAAGCCUCCCUCACUUUCUUCUCUGGUGUCAAAUGGAGUCAAGGAAGCUUCACAGACACCUGUUGAAACAUCUCAGAAGACCCACAGAGAUGAACAUGAGGCUCCAUUACCGUAUUCUUCAGAUUCUGUUAGGCAGAUGCUCCAAGAUGAAAUGUUUAAAUUAGUUCAGCUGCAGCAGAUAAACUUCCUGAGCCUAAUGCAAAUAGUGGGAUCAUCCGCUACUAACCUGCCAAACGCACACCACCUUCUCCAGCAGGCUCAGUCUGUGGACCUGGUGGGAGGCCAAGUAUCAAACCACACAAGAGGCAGUGGUGAUGCUGAAAUCAAACACAAUAGACAUCUUAAGGAGAGAUUUUUCAUGGGAGAGAACACCAGGGAGCCUGACAAGAACAGCUCACAUAGCCAUGAAGGAAUUAUCCAAUCUGAUCAAAAUAGUAAUGGAAAUGUACAGAAUGUUCCACAUGGCAGUAUUCCUUCAUGCCAAUUAGACAGCCAACCCCAGAAGAGAGUACCAACCCCAGCAUCUGAAAACUUAGCAUCUACUUUGUUUCUCCCAGCUCCCGCUAGAAAUACUCAUCCCCAUCUUUUGUCCACCCCUUCUGCUGCCCCAAGGAUGCCUAGACUUAUCCCACCUGCCAAAACACCUAGUCCUGGUUAUGGUUUUCCUUUGCUUCAGUUUCAACCUAAGCAUGAAUUCAGGCCCCUUCCUUUACAUGUAGGAAGCAUUCCAAAUGCUCCCUCCAGGCCUUUAGCCCAACUGAGAGAGGCCUGGGCAUUAACUGGUUCUCUCCAACCUCCUCCACAACAGAAAGUAAUACACACUACCUCAGGAUUCCAUUCAAAUUCAAGCCACUAUAAUGCUCAAGUCGUGAAAGAAACAGCUGACCAGAAGAAAUGGGCAGAAACUGUAAUUACAGAUAUGCCUAAGCAUUUGAACAUGGAUCAGUAUGUUGGACAAGAAAAUGUGACUUCUCAACAGGACCCUUCAAUAUUUACAAAACCAGAAAAACAAUUUAAUGUUAACCCAGGGUCCCUUGAAAUACCUCCUCAGACUUCUUGUGGACUUCCAUUAUUGUAUCUGCAAUCUAAACAUCCUUACCUAUUUUCAUCAGUCUCAAGAGCAUCACUUACAGUUCCUUCAAUACAUAUGAGAACUGUAGAAGAGAAAAAAUACCCACGACUAUUACUUUUUCCACGUCUAUCCUCAGAAAAUAUGUACAAGAAGCCACAGCUUAUUCCACUUGAAAAUCUCACUGCAUUUAAGCAAAGCCAACAAAAAUUAUCACAUAAUUUGUUUGAACAAGGUGAUUCUCGUCACCUUCAGCUUCUAAAGGUCAAAAUGGGACCAUCCCAAAUAAUACAAGGAAUGAACAGUAAAAAAAGGCAAAGAAGACGCGUUGAGAAAGAGCUACAAGAAAAAAGCUCUGAGACACACCAGAGAAAACCAAGUAUGAGUUUCCGACCAGAAGAAUGCCUCAUUCAUAGUGAGGACUCAGAAAUGGUCAUAAAACUCAAGGAACAAGAACAUCGUGGUUCUCAGGCUUUGGAUAAUUUCAACAUUCCUUUUGAAAUGCUACAAGAUGACAUUAAUACUUCAGCUGCAUUGCAUUUCAUGGCCUCUGUACAAAAAAAAGCCAUAGGAAGUCAGGAUGCAAGUACAAAUACAGAGCCAGUACAAGAUAAGGAAGCUGCUUCUCAAGAAGUUAUAUCUGAAAGUGGUAAAAAUCAACAAAUCAUUUCAUGUGUCCCAGAACAUGAACCUUUGAAUGAUCCUCAGCUGCUGAUACCAGAUGUGUAUCUAAAUGUCAGACUUUCCAGUGAAAUAUCAGAGAAACCUUUGUGUCCUUCAGUGCCUCAUACAGUAGCAAAUGUGGUGGGACACACUUACAUCAAUGUGAUUGACAUUGAAGCUGGUGAUCUGCAGGAACUGCCUGUGGGAGAAGAGUCAGCAAAUGAGGGUGCUACCAAUCAGCAAAGCAGUCACCUAGCCAUCCCAUCAUCCGAGGAGUUACAUUGUAUGGCAGCGUCAGCCACCAAUGCUGUUCUCUCUCACAAUUCUAAGAGUGAAGAAUCUGCCAAUUCCACUGUGGAUUUAUUUUCUAAACCUGGAAAAGUGGCUCCAACCUACCUGGAAGGAAAAAGCUGGAAAAUAGAUGAUAAGGAAGUGAAGGAGCCUGGGAUUUCCUCAGCAGCACCAGCACACAGACAGCAGGACAAAGAUCUGCUUAAACAAGCUUUCCAGUUCAAACAGCAGAGCACAGAGGCUGACUCUGCAGAAGGCUAUGUGCUGAGGAGCCUGCUGCAGAAUGUCCCUGAAGCUCGCCCUGCACCAAACUCCACAGCGGCUUGCCGACUGCAGCUUCUCUCUGCUGAGCUUCAGAAGAUUGACGAACAGCUGUUGGCAGUGCGGAACAUUGCAGAAAAUAUAGAGCGGGACUUCUCCAGGCCUGAUAUGGUAAAUCUACAGCAUGAAAAGGUCGGAGAGGUAGACCACAUUGAAUUAUCUUCUGGCCCAGAAUUUGAAACAGCAUUAGCUUCAAAAGCUGUUAGCAUUUCUAAAGAAGUCCAUUUUCUGACUCAUAUGAAGGAAGAGGAUCAAACUGACAAAGAGAAGACUUCAGAAGCUGAAUUGUCAGUAACAGAAAAUCAUUCUAAUCAGAAAACCUGUGUACCUUCUGCCGAUUCAGCUGUCAGCCUUUCCAGUGACCAGAAUAUUACUUCUUCUGGUAUGAAGAAUAGUGAUGAAUUAUUUGAGAGUGUUUCAGUAGAUCCACUCCAGAUGACCGGAUUGACUGAUAUUGCAGAUAUUAUUGAUGACCUCAUAACUAACUGUGGUGUUUCCAGUAAAGAACUUGGCUUAACAGAGCAACAAGCUAAGAGUAUCUCUAGGAUUCCACAUUCUUCUGGCAGAUGUCCACAAAGAACUGAGAAAGAGAGAAGAGAAAUUCAAGUUUGGAUGAAAAGAAAAAGAAAAGAAAGAAUGGCAGACUAUUUAAAUCAGCUGGCAGAAAAGAGGAGGCAAGAGCACAAUCCUUUUUGCCCCAGAAGGAAUCCAUUUUACAUGACUUCCAGGGAAAUCAGGAUGAGACAAAAAAUGAAGCAUGAAAAAGACAGAUUGCUGUUAUCUAACCACUAUAGUCAGCGACUCUCCCAAGCCUAUAGUCUGAUGAAUGAACUGCUGGCAGAGUCAGCGCAACUACCAGCAACUGCACAGAAACCGUCGCCUAACAAACGCAGCACUGCUCGGCAUUGUGGACAGCAGCGCUGCCCUUCUCCAAGGCGAGAGAAUCAACAUGGGCACAAUUUUCUAAGUCGACCUGGAAAGGUCAGAUGUGUAUCCAAAUCAAGUUAUACCCAUACAGGGAAACCUCUUGGGCAACCUGAGGGUUCAUCUUGGCCACGUGGAACUGCCACUUUCACCAUCCACAGCAGAGCAGCUGGAGCCAAAGCGGCAGUAAGAAAAGCUGUCCAGUCUCCAGGUACCUCCUGGAAAGCUUCUAAUGCUCCAGGUUGCAGUCUGCAGCAUGCAAAAAACCACAGGCACACUGGACUUACAAGUGUGUCACAGGAGAUGGGCAUAGAGUAUGAGAGAGAAGAGAUGGUGGUGAGCCCUUGGGCUUUGCCUGAAGAAAUCCACAAGAUUCUCCUGGAGAGUCACAGUUCUCUUCUACAGGAAUUGCCACCUACCGAAGAAAACUUUGAGCCUCCUUUUGAGGUGGGUGGCAUGGACAACAUAUCUGAGAGCACUGGAAGCAUCCUCAGCAAGCUUGACUGGAAUGCCAUCGAAGACAUGGUGGCUGGCGUGGAAGACAGGAGCCUGUUGGUCCAGGGCUUCGACCUGUAGGAGCUGCAUAUCAACCUGUUUCCAAGCACCAGCCAGCACCUCAUUAAUGUGGCUCCGAAAGACUUGAAGGCAAAAUGCGAAUUUACCACCGCAGCCAUAUUAGUACCUGGAUCCGCCAUUUCUAAAGGGGAAAUAAACAUUUCUCAGUGAUUUUGUCUCCAUGGGGAAAGGCUUAUUUAACUAUAGAUAUGUAAUUUUUUUGCAUGGGACUUGUCUUUGGCAUGAUUUUUGUUUUUUUGAGAUAGUGUCUCACUGUUUUUUUGUUUGUUUGUUUGUUUUGUUUUUUUUUUAAUUUUAUUUAAGGAGAAAAGAAAAAAAAGCAGAGAAAGGGUACAAGUUAUACAGAUUUGCAGAAAAAAAAAUGAACAGUAGGAAAUCACUAGUUAAUGGAUUACAUAUUGUCAUCUUAGAAAUAAUUGUUCAAGUCACAAAAUUAAAACUUGUAAAGUGGACAUUCCAUCAAUGAUACUGCAAACAGUUCUGUUCAAUGAUCCAAUAAAACUCUGUGAUAUCA